UAAAAAUCAUUUGUAUACCAACUCUGAGUAAUAAACAUUUUUUUCAGUUUUCAUUUUUGUUGCUGUUAAUAAACUGAAAUUACCACUCUUGAAUUUUCAGCUGAAGAUAUGCAAAAGGAAAUGUAAGGUACAAGAUUAGUAAAUCUGUAUUUUUGUCUCAGAUAUCAGACGUAUAUAACUUAAAUCUACGUAAGUUAAGAUAUCAAAUGUAAACAUUCUAGGGUUUUCAAAGAUUAAGUACUUGGCAUUAAUGUCUGCUAAAUGCCACCUCUGCAUAUUUACCAAGAGAGAAGGGAAGACAACUCAUAUGGUACUUUUUAGAGUUGAGAUUCUUUAGAAUGGAAUUUUAAUGAUUUGGACUAGGAAAAUUUUUUUAGAAAUUGAUACUUUUAAUAUGAAAUCUCAGGCACCUGGAUGCCUCGAUUGUUUAAGCAUCUGACUUUGACUCAGGUAUGACCUCACGGUUUGUGAGUUUGAGUCCCUCAUUGGAUGAGGUCUAUUCCCACUUUGUGUGAGCAUGAACCCUGCUCCAGGUUAGCAUGAGCCUGCUCUGUGUGAGUACCAGCCCUUGAGCUACACUCUGGGUGACUUCAAACCUGCUCUGGGUGAACUCAAGCCCUGAUCUGGGGUGAGCUUCAGUCUUGCUCUGAAUGAUCUCUAGCUCACUCCUGGUAAACACAAGCCCUGCUCUAUGUGAUCUUGUGCCCUGCUGCAUGUGACCUCGUGCCCUGCUCCUAGUGACCUCGAGCCCCGCUCUGGGUGAACACAAGUUCUGCUGCAGGUAAGUUCCUGUCCUGUUCUCAGUGACCUUGUGCCCUGCUCUAGGUGACCUCAAGCCCAGCUCCAGGUGAGCUGAAGCACUAUUCCAAAUAACUGAAGUCCCAUAUCUAAUGGGCUUGUGUCCUAAUUCAGCUGAGCUCAUAACCUGCUCUGUAUGAGCUCAGACUCCAUUAAGGUAAGUUUCUGCUCUACUCCGGUUGAGUCAUGCCCCACUGCUUGUGACGUCAUGCCCUACAUUGUGUGACCUUGUGCCCUGCUCUGGGUCACCGAUAAACCUGCUCUGGGUGACUUCUAUCCUGGCCCAGUUAAACUUGUGACCUGCUCAGGGUGAGCACAAACCCCUCUCAGGGUAAGCACAAAGCCCAGUUAUGGGUGGGCAUGAGCCCCACACUGAGUUAGAGUGGGCCUACAAAAGCUAAAUAUGAGCGCUGGUUCAGGUGACCUCAUGCCCUGGUAUGUUUGAACUCAUGUCCUUUGAUUCAUUGUCUUUUGAGCUCAAGUCCCGCUCCCAGUGAGCAUGAGUCCUGCUCCUGGUGGGCUUGAGUCCUGCUCUGGAUGAGCUCAAUGCCCAUUCUGAGUGGGCUCCAGCAGCCCUCCGGCUAAAUACAGACCGUGCUCCGUGUGACCUCAUACCACCCUCCGGGUGACCAUGAGCUCCACUUAGGGUGAGUUCAUGCUCCACUCCAGGUGAGCACCAGCCCCGCUCGGGGUGUCAACAUGCUCCACUCCGGGCAACCUCAAGCCCCUUUUUGCCUAAGCAUGGAUACUUUUCCCAGUGACCUGGAGCCCCUCUCCAGUUGAGCACGAGAACUUCUCUGGUGAGUUUGUCUUGCUCCAGGUGACCUCAGGCCCUGCUCAGAUUUUGCACCAGUCCCACUUCUCGUGAGCACAUGCCCUCUUCUGUGUGACCUUGUGCCCCACUCAGCAGAACCUCCAGACCAACACUAGGUGAUCUCUAGCUCAGCUCCUAAUGAAUGAUCUUGUGUCCCACUGCAGUUGAGCAAAGCCUAGUUUGGGGUGACCUUGAAUCCCACUCCCAGUGAACUUGUUUUUAGCUCCACAUGACCUCGUGCUUCACUCCAGGUGCACUCGAGCCAUGCUUGAGUUCAGCCCAUGUUCUGGGUGACCUUGUGCCUGUCUCCAAUUGAAAUGAGCCCUGCUUGAUAUGCCUUCUUCCCUGCUCUGGGUGACCUUGACCCCAGCACCUGGUGAGCUCAUGCCACACUUUGGGUGGACUAAAGCCUUUCUCAGAGUGAGAGGUAGCCAUCCCCAGGUGAGUGUGAGCCCAGUUUUGAUGAGCCUGUAUUAUGCUCUGGGUGGCCUCAUGCCAGGUGAUCUCAAGACUCUGUCUUGGUGAGCUUGUCUCACUCUCUAUGUGGCCUCAGACCCCACUCGGGUUUUGCCCCAGCCCCACUUCUGCUGAGCACGUGUCCCUUUCUGUGUGAGCUAGAGCCACUGUCCAGGUGAGCUCCAGGUGCCCUGCAAGUGAGCUUGAGUCUUCUUCACAUUACCAAGGGCCCCUCUCUUUAUGAUUCUGUGCUCUGCUGCAGGGACCUUCAAGUGCCGCUUCCUGUGACCUCGUGUCCCUCUGCAGGUAACUCAAGUCAUGUUCCAAGGGACACGGAGUCCUGCUCCUGUGAGACCUUGCCCCACACCAGGGGGAACUCAAGUCCUGAUCCACAUGGCUGGUGCCCCACUUCUAGUGAAUGCCUCUGAAGCUCUGGGUGAGUUCGUGCCAACCGUUGUGUGCCAGCAUCUGAGCUAUCCAACCAGCCUGAUGGCAGGGCCCAGGCGGUGGACGGAUUGGUGACUGCAGGGCAACCCACCAACAGUGAAGCUUCUUGUACUCCCGCUUUUAGGGUUCUAAAGUCAAAGAUCUUGAGAGUCAUAAUGGCAGGAAAAUCGUCGCUUUUUAAAGUGAUUCUCCUUGGAGAUGGUGGAGUUGGGAAGAGCUCUCUGAUGAACAGAUAUGUGACCAAUAAAUUUGAUACCCAGCUCUUCCAUACAAUAGGCGUGGAAUUUUUAAAUAAAGAUUUGGAGGUGGAUGGACAUUUUGUUACCAUGCAGAUUUGGGACACGGCCGGUCAAGAGCGAUUCAGAAGCCUGAGGACGCCGUUUUACCGAGGUUCUGACUGUUGCCUGCUCACUUUUAGUGUCGAUGAUUCUCAAAGCUUCCAGAACUUGAGUAACUGGAAGAAAGAAUUCAUCUACUACGCAGAUGUGAAAGAGCCCGAAAGCUUUCCUUUUGUGAUUUUGGGUAACAAGAUUGACAUAAGCGAACGGCAGGUGUCCACCGAGGAAGCCCAAGCCUGGUGCAAGGACAACGGCGACUAUCCUUACUUUGAAACAAGUGCAAAAGAUGCCACGAAUGUCGCGGCAGCCUUUGAGGAAGCAGUUCGAAGAGUGCUUGCUACCGAGGAUAGGUCAGACCACCUGAUCCAGACCGACACCGUCAGUCUGCACCGCAAGCCCAAGCCUAGCUCGUCCUGCUGUUGAUCGUUCGGGAGGUCGCCCGUGCGGUGUAACCAACUCCCGCACGUACACGAAAACACGGGCUGGGGACGAGAAUUAGCGUUUGCAGCAACGGAUCAUCCACUUACAAAAUUAAACUAACCAUGUUGCUGCCUCGUUAGUGGGUGGGAGGAGAGAUAGAUCCAUCCACUCCUGGAAGAAUCAAUUUACUCAGUAGUGGCACCUUACACUUGUAAUUGGUAAUGGUUGUCUAAUAACGUUUAAUUUAAAUACGUAAGUUACAGAGCUAAUAAAUGAGAUGAUCAAGAUUUUAAAACACUUGAAUAUUCUAGAAGUUACUGGUGUUUUUUUUUCCCCCUGGGAAAAUGGAGAACUACUUUUUUAUGUGUAUAUUUUAUGUAAUUAGCAGUCAAUUCCUGGUUGAGGGAGAAAUAUUCCCUAAAGCAAUAAUGUUCAGUAUUAAAGAUGAAAAUCAAAUGCA